AGCCACACCCUCGGAGCCUAGUAUAUUCGCGGCCAUGGCACAGCGGGCGGUGCAUCAUGGGGCAUUCUUUCCACUUGCGCCGCUGGCAAGUGGGCGGUGUUGCUUUCUUGCUUCGUCACCUUUGGUGUCCCUCCUUUUCCGGAAGCUGGACGUAUCCCUUGGAUCCUCGCUGCCACAACCUGACGCUCAUCGCCGCCACCACGUACAUGGCCAACUCUGAUUUCUGGCACUUGGCACCGCGCCCGGGACGCAAAGCGCCCAGGCCGGACCGUCUCCGAGCGCCGCGCGCUUUGUGCCAGGGCCUCUUAGCGGCCGAAGGCCCCAUCGCCGUCGCCUUUGUCGAAAUGCGCUAUCUCCCUGAGUUUCUUGAUUUGCUUGGCGGUGCGUCUACGCCGCCCUUUGUGCUGGUCACUUGCGGGUCUGACGCACCCCUGACGCAGCAGCUGCAGGAGAGGCUGCUGGCGGUCUCGGGCUUUCGGGCUUGCUACUCCAGCAAUCUACAUGUGCCCAGCUACGAGCUCAAGGAGGUGUUCCAUCCAUUGCCUGUGGGCUUUCUACCCGGAAGGCUGAAUGCCCAGAAUGAGGCCCUCCUUCGUCGCGCACCGCGGGCGUCGCCGCGCGACGGGCGGCUGCUGGUCCCAUGGAUGCGAAGCUGGCGACUGCGGCGGUCCUACUGGAGCUUGUUGGAGUCGGAGCCCUACCGACCUUUAGUGGUUUUGUCGGACAAGUUGAAUUUCAAAGACUAUUUGCUUCAGCUGUCACGUCAUCGCUAUGUGCUGUCGCCACCGGGGAAGGGCUAUGACUGCACACGGACGUGGGAAGCCUUGGCCAUGGGUUCAAUGCCAUUGAUCCUUCGUGAUGAAGACUUUGACCAACGCAUCUAUGAGCAUGCAGGAAUCCGCAGCCUGCCGGCACCCGAGCAACUCACACCUGAGAUCUUGGCCGAGAUCCUCUCCGAUGAAGAAUCUGUGCAACGCUUGGACCAGAGCCAGUUGUACGUGAAGCAUUGGACCAACCUUUGGCGCCAGCAUUUGUCCUAAGGGGCAGGCGCAUGUGUGCGCAAAGGCAUGCAGAGAUGGAUAGAUGGUGAUAGAUGAGCAAUGAUGAGCAACAAGCAAACCAGUGGUCCUGAUUCACUCUCUGGCUCGGUUGAGGAUAGACGGAUCGAUAUGUAUGGAUUCACAUUGAGGAGAGAUGGAUAGAGAUGGACGAGUCUCAGGCAAAGAAGGAGCGUACGGCUUUGCUCUAUGACUGGAUUACUGCGCGGUUGGAGGCUCAGGGCAGUAAGUGAGUGAGUGAGUGCCUAGAUGGGCCAAUUGGCAAACGUCGGUCCCUCCUCGUCCAAGCGACCGAGACUCACCACGAGACCGACGGAGGGGACCGAACCGAAACGGCGCUGCGGCCGAAGCGACGCACCAAAAGAGGUGCCUGCGGAGCAGACGCGAUGACCGGGAUGACGCGAUGACUGAGUCGACCGACCCGACCCAGACACGACCUGUGGACUGGCAGAUGUGCC